GUCUGCUUCCAGAAACACCAGAAGGAUAUCAUUAUAUAGUUGUAGCCACAGAUUAUCUUAUCAAGUGGCCGGAGGUCCAUGCACUUAAAAGUGCUGAUGCUGAAUCUGUCGCCUCUUUCCUUUUGGAUGAUAUAAUAUGCCACCACGGAAGUCCUCGUGAGCUACUCUUUGAUCAGGAUUGGUGGAAAGAUUUAAUAGGACUUUUUGUAAAGUACUGGCCAAAUGUAUUGGACAAUAUGAUGGGAAAUGGACUGAAUUUAUCUCAAUGGCUUUGUUCGCUUAUCGAACUACCUGUCUAUGGCCACGAUGCUAUAUUAUCAGUUAAGACAGUUGUAAUAACAUAUCCAGCUGAGCCAACUACCGAAGCCGAGACCCAAGAUUAUCUUUUCUGA